AGCUGAGAGAGGAUGGCUGCCCGAGUCUGAGCUGCUGCCUCUGCGCUACGGAGGGAAAACUCCACUCACACUGACACGGGAAGCGUGAGGAGACGAGAGGAGGAUAAGGGAGAAAGGAGAAGUUUUCCCAAACCAGGAACUAGUUGUCACACAUUUUUCCCGGGAGGGUUUUAUUUUUUAUCGGAAACAAAAGGGGGGGAUUUUGGACCAUGCCUGCUGAAGUGAAACAGGAGCAGAGCCCCAGCAACGCCACAUCCCUGGCGAUGAUGCAGGAGCCCCAGGAGGUGGUGGAGGAGACGGUCACCAUCGAGGAGGACCCCGGCACCCCCACCUCCCACGUCUCCGUGGUCACCUCCGAUGACGGCACUACACGGCGCACAGAAACAAAGGAUGUCUCCUCUAACGUGAAGGUGACUAAGAUGGUGAAGACGGUGACCACUCGAACAGUGCGCCAGGUGCCGCUGGGCCCCGACGGCCUGCCGCUGCCCGAGGGCUCGUCCCCGCUGGGCAGCUACACCGACUCCAUCGACCGGCGCUACAUGAAGAACGGAGGUGACCGCUUCAUCACGCCUCAAGCAUCCUCCACCCUGACGCGCUCCUACAACAACUCCUACAACGACUCAUACGGCGAGGCGCCCGAGAGCCAGUACGUCCGCCACUACGGGCUGCACGAUGGCUACGCCGAUCUGACGGAGAACUACGGCAGCCUUUCACGUGGGGUCAACUUCCGGCCGCCUCGCUACCCCUACAUGCCCAACAGCUACCGGCCGGAGAACAGCUACACCCUGCCCAUUCGCAAGGAUGACUACGGCCACGUGGCCCAGCCCCAGGUGCCCAUGGGCAGCAGCACCGUGGAUCUGAACCGCUCGCAGCCCGAACGCUUCCAGGCCGAGCCGUACGGCCUGGAGGACGAUCGCCGCAGCCUUCCCCCUGAAGAGGAGGAGCCGUACGAGCUGGAGCCGGACUACUCCACCGCCAACCGUCGUACAGGCACCCUGCAGGGGCCCAACCGGGGUCGCACCCACCGGGAACCUCUGCGCGAUGGGCCCCGAGUCAGAGGGUACCCAGACGAAGCCAUCGAGCCAGAGCUGAUCGAUGAGCGCCACCCCUACAUCCACAGCAUGUAUUCAGCUCCUCUCGCCCUGCCAGAGAGGGGCAGCAUGGCCAGUUUGGACCGCUUGGCAGGCCGGCGUUCCCCCUCCAUCGACAGCAUGCGUAAGGACCCGCGCUGGCGUGACCCCGACCUCACGGAGGUCAUCGCCAUGUUGGGCCACCCCAUCGACCCGGUGAAGUCCAACGCUGCGGCCUACCUGCAGCACCUGUGCUACGAGAACGAUAAGAUAAAGAAGGACGUGCGUCAGCUGAAAGGGAUUCCUGUCCUGGUGGGGCUUCUGGACCACCCCAAGUCUGAAGUCCACCGUAAGGCGUGUGGCGCCCUGCGCAACAUCUCCUACGGAAAGGACAACGACAACAAGGUGGCCAUCAAGAUCUGCGACGGCAUCCCGGGCCUCGUGCGCCUGCUGAGGAAGACCAACGACAUGGAAGUUAGAGAGCUCAUCACCGGAACCUUGUGGAACCUGUCGUCCUACGAGCCCCUGAAGAUGGUGAUCAUAAACCACGGCCUGCAGACCCUCACCAACGAGGUCAUCAUCCCCCACUCGGGGUGGGAGCACGAGCCCAACGAGGACUCGAAGCCGCGGGACGCCGAGUGGACCACCGUGUUCAAGAACACUUCCGGCUGCCUCAGAAAUGUGAGCUCCGACGGGGCCGAGGCUCGCCGCAGACUGAGGGAAUGCGAGGGAUUGGUGGACGCCCUGCUGCACGCCCUCCAAUCAGCUGUCGGGAAGAAAGACAUGGACAACAAGUCUGUGGAGAACUGUGUGUGCAUCAUGAGGAAUCUGUCCUAUCACGUCCACAAAGAGGUGCCGGGCGCCGAGAGGUUCCAGGACCCCUCGGCGCCGCAGACCCCCGGCUCAGCGGGGCCACAGAGGAAGAAGAAGGACGACGCCGGCUGCUUCGGAGGGAAGAAGGCUAAAGAGGAAUGGUUUAAUCAAGGCAGGAAAAACGGUGACAAUGACAAAAACUACGACACAAUCGAUCUGCCCAAGCGCUGUGAGCCGACCAAAGGCUUCGAGCUGCUGUAUCAGCCUGAAGUGGUGAGGCUGUACCUGUCUCUGCUGACGGAGAGCCAGAACUACAACACCCUGGAGGCGGCUGCAGGCGCUCUGCAGAACCUCAGCGCUGGACAGUGGACCUGGUCCAACUACAUCCGAGCCACGGUGCGUAAGGAGAAAGGUCUUCCCAUCCUGGUGGAGCUGCUGCGCUCCGACUCUGAUAAGGUGGUGCGGGCGGUGUCCAUCGCGCUGAGAAACCUCUCCAUCGACCGCCGCAACAAGGACCUGAUCGGAAGUUAUGCCAUGCGGGACCUGGUGAGCAACCUGCCGUCGGGCCAGCAGCGGCCGGCUAAGAACCUGGAGGAGGACACGGUGGUGGCCAUCCUGAACACCAUCCACGAGAUCGUGACCGACUCCUCGGAGAACGCCCGCUCCCUCGCUCAGGCGCAGGCCAUCGAGAAGCUGGUGGCCAUCAACAGGACCAGCCAAUCGGCUCGCGAAACCAAGGCUGCGUCCCACGUUCUGCAGACGGUCUGGAGCUAUAAGGAACUGAGGAACGCUUUGACCAAGGACGGGUGGAACAAAAGCCACUUCCAGCCCACAGCGACAGUCACCCCUAAAGCAACCAAGAACGGCAAGCCAGGCUACGACGACACCACCCUGCCCCUGAUGGAGAAGAACCAAGGCACCAGGAAAUGUGGCAGUGGUGAUAUGACACCUAUGGAGGAGCCGGGUCCAGAUGGUUACUCCACCAUCGACCAGAGGGACAAGGACCUCAAAUACAAGACGGUGGACGGCUCACUGGAGCAGACAGAACGGGAGCCAUUGAAGAAUGACACAAAUAGGAAACACUAUAUCAGGAGUAACAGGCCUGCGGUCAGUCUGGUGGACGCUUGUGAUGUAAAGCCCCAGCCUGUUGACUCCUGGGUCUAAAUGCAUGCAUGGCUUAAAAUAAUGACGGUGCGACACCCAGCUAGAGGAGAUCUCUCUCAUCACCACUGCCAUUUCACAUGGAGCUCAUCUUUGGAGUUGGACUUUGUACAGUAAAAGAGGAUUUAAAAAAAUGAAUCAAUAAAUAAUGACCACAACAACAACAGCAACUACCCAGCAGGAGCAGCCAGCAUUCUCAUGCUUUUCAGAAAAAAGGAAACAACAAAAAAAAGAAUAAAAAGUGACGACUGCUACUUCUUUCUCAUAUCUACAUUCCCACUGAACAUCAUGCAAACGCUACAGUGUUGACUCUUGUUGAGCUCUACCGAGGAUAAGAAACGGACAGAGGCCGGUGCUGGUGGAGGAACGAAGGGUCGAUGGAAAGGUACAAGAAAGUGUUGAAGGAAGGGAGAAGAAACGCCAGAUGAUUUUUUUUGGGAAGAAAAAUAAGUUCAUGCCUGAAUUUGAUGGGUUUUUGGGACUUUCGGUGUGAUGUCAAGCUUUGGCUUUUGGAUGUGAAGAGGAGUGGACGGGUGUGUUUUGAAGGUCACAGGAUGUUGGUUUUAAGAUUGUUGGGAGAAAGUCAAAGGUGAGCCUGAGAAGAGAUGUAGCGUAGCGGAUAAACAUGUUCACACAGACUUACAAUCCAUGGUGUUUAUUUAAAAGAGAAGAAGAAGAAGAAGAAGAAGUGCACUGAGAUGCUCUGAAAUCAAAAGAGGAUAACAGUGAAGCUCAUGUAUGAAGUCAAGAGUCUGCAAGUCUGGAGAAAGGAAAGUGACAGAGUGUGUAUUUCAGAUGGAGAAACGGUUUCUGUUCACACUGCAUCGCAAAAGUCAACUUAAACGGAAACAAUGUGGUUACUUGUGUAAUCUUCCAGGCUGGUCGCUCGUUGUCAAUGAUGUGUAUUAAAGAGGAUAUGAGGCAUUUUGUUUAUACAUGAUUUGUGUUUUUCUGAAAAAGAGAGGCGAUUGACGAUUGUUCUCGUGUAGAAAGGAUAGAUUGAAAAGCGGUUUUUUCGGUUGGGUUUUAUAUAAAUGUAUAUUAGGGUCAAAAGGAAAAACGAAGGAGAAAAAAAAUCUUAGUUGUAUAUUAAUAUCACAUUGUUUGGAAAGCACAUUUCAUUUGGUACAGGCUCACCAUGUUUGUAAAACAGAAAUAACAACAUUACUUAAAUGUGUGUGGAAUAUUGUCGAGUUACGCCGAUGAUCACCUAUUUAUAUUUUGUAUUUGUCAAAAAACAAUUACAGGAAAAAGGGUUUAACAGUGUUCUUUCUAAAGGCGAUGAAUUACAUGUCCGCUGCAUCUUCAAACCAAGGGGUCAGAGGUCAGACAAGGAGACAGACGAGAGUGUUGAUAAGAGUUAUUUCAUUUUUCUUCCCGAUGCUUUCAGACCGCAAAACCCUUAACCCUCCUUCACCGGUGCAUCUAAAAGAGAAAUAUUCAGUUGUGAGCAUGAAGAAAACUGUACAGAUGUUUAUAUUCUAUUCUUUCAAAGUGCCCGUUUUUUUUGUGGAGUCAUUUGGAUAUUCAUUCAUGUGCAAGAAGAGAGCAAAGGAGGACGAGUGUAUCUGGAAGACAAAAUAUAAAAAAUGGCAUCACACUGUACAAAUCAAAACAUCAAGUUUGGUCAUAUAGUAUAUAUUUUUACAACGUUUAAGGGUGGGUUAGCGAGACGAAGCAAAGCAGAGGGACACAGAAUCAUAUUGCCAUUUUUCUCUUGCUUGGUGAGACUGUUUACUGAAUCCAGUGAAAAUGUGUACAGUCUGUUUUCCAGGAAGAGAAUCCACUCAUCAAGGCGAAUGGCAUGUGCCUGCAUUGACUUUUCUUUGUGGCGUAUGUGACUUUAUCAAGCUUGCAUAUUUUACACAGUGUUUACAAAGAUGUAUGUUGUGGUAAAAAUCAAUAAACUACAAAAAAAACGUAUAUUGUAUACAUUUUAAUUACCGAGGUUAAAAAAAAAAAAGUUAUAAUAAUACCCAGCAUCCCUUUUGUGUGUCCUCAGAAGUGUGUGCUUUCAUUGGACCAUACUGAACCCUUUGCCACAUAUGACUUGUCUGUUCCUGACUGCACUUUGCAGUACCACAACCAAAGGAUCUGGAGUUGUAUUUACAUGCAUUUGUAAAAACAAAAAGGGGGUUUUGGUUUUGUGAAUGUGCGUUGUACAUUUACAAAAUAAAAGAGCCAAGCCACUGUGCUGUAAAAUAAAUGCAGGACAGGGUCACACGUCGAAUCAAACGAACCUACCUGUGUAGAUAUAUCUGAUUCAAGACCGUCAAAAAUAAAGUACUACUCAGUAGCAGAUGUGUUUGUACCUAUCAUGUGCCUUAACCUUUUCCAUGCUAGAUAAGUGUGUUUUAUAUCCCUCCCUUUCCACUGUCAUCUCUCCAUUCUGUCUGUUCACCUCCCCCUCUCUCCCUUUUUCCUCCAAUCAACUCAUUCAUUCAUCCUGCCCCCUCCCCGAGUAGUUUAGACUGUUGGUGGGUUUCUGCCUUGUGUUACAUUGUAUUAUAAACUUUUAAAAAGAUAGAAUCAUUACAAAUAAUGGUUUUGAUUUCCUAGAGGAGUAAAGUUAUUGAUGCUUUCGUAGCGAGCAGAAGCGAUGCCACAGUGACAGAAUGUAUUAUGUUAAUUUUACUAAUACCCAGAGGCAAAUAUUACGCUUGUUAAACAUAACGGAAAAAUACUGGUUUGUAGAGUAUACAUUUGGUGUGUUUUCAAUAAAUCAUGCCUGGAAAGAA